AUGAUUCUCAACCAAAUCAAAGUUCGGCGGUAUCAGGAACAAAUAUACAUUGUGCCGCUGGAUAUUGUUCAGAAUGCUAAUAUUGGUUCACCUGAUUCUUAUAAUUUUAUGUUGGGAACACAUGGCGUGGAGUACACUGAUAAGAAGACAAACAAGGCCUACAGGUUUGAUAUUGAGCAGUAUGCCCACCACCACCAGUUUCUUGACAAAAGGAAACUUGCAUCGCAUCCAUUUCUAUUUAUCCCAAUUUGUAAUGGAGCGCAUUGGUGGUUGUGGAUUGCUGAUAUCAACAAAAAGAAAUUCUAUGUCCUUGACCCUAUCAAUAAGCCAAAAAAAGAUAUACCUGAAUCAAGAGUGAAACUGAACAAAUUUGUGGGUUUAAUAAUUUCCCAGAUGAGGGUGUACGCUGGGGCGAAACCCUUAAUGGAGGAUGGACUGGGAGAGGAAGUAGAGUAUAUCCAAUUGAAUGGUCAACGUACAGAGAUGAGAUUGAUGGCUUUAGAUACCAAUAUGGUCCAAAUCUUCUGUUGCAUGAAAUGAACAAAAUCAGAGACCAAGUGAUUUGGGAAUCUGAAGCAAUAAGACUCUCCAAGCCAUCUGUUAUCCUCUCCAGCCCUUAUUGUAAAUUCACAUAUGGGGAUUUAGAUAGCAAAUAGCACAUACUGGUUGUAAUUAACAAUAUU